AUGCCUCUCCUCUUCGCCAACUUCAUUGAAAUUGAUCUCCGUUUCAUCCAGGCAAGCCGGCAUGAAGGCAUCUUUACCAUCCUCCUGAUCGGAUCCAUCUCCUCAUACACCGGGUACACAAUUGGACAACUCAAAACCCAACACCCCGAGAUCCACUCUAUGGCCGACGCAGGCGAUCUCCUCUUAGGAAAAGCCGGCCGUCGAGUCCUCGGAUUCGGCCAACUAGUCUUCUUCAUCUUCGUAAUGGGAAGCCACAUCCUAACCUUCUCAAUCAUGAUGAACGUCCUCAGCGACCACUCAGCCUGCACAAUGCUCUACUCAUCAAUGGGCCUCUUAAUUUCAUUCCUACUAACUCUCCCCCGCCGCCUGGAGCGCCUCUCCCACCUCUCAACCGUGAGUUUCAUCAGCAUCAUCGGCGCAGUAUUAACAGAUAUGAUCGGCGUCUCCGCAAGCAAAAUGGCCGCCAGUCCUAUCACGCUAUUUUCGUCCCCGGCACCGACUGUCCACGACGCUUGUCUCGCAAUCGCAAAUAUCAUCUUCGCUUAUGCAGGCCAUGUCGCGUUCUUCACUCUUUUCUCGGAACUCAAAGAUAUAAAAGAUUUCCCCAAGGCCCUUUCCCUCCUUCAACUGUGCGAAAUGGUCAUGUAUACGAUUUCCGCCAUUGUGAUAUUUCUCUAUGUUGGACCGUCCGUUACCUCGCCCGCUUUGAAUUCCGCAGGUAUACUGUUCCGCAAGAUCUCGUAUGGUAUUGCGAUUCCGACGGUACGUGUAUUUACUUCUCUUUAA